AUGGCGCAAUAUUUUCUAGAGGAAAUCGUUCGCGAAAUUCUCUUGAAACUACCCGUGAAAUCCCUCUUGAGAUUCAACAGCGUCAACAAAGAAUGGCGCUCCAUCAUCGAAAGCCCUACCUUUGCUUCCGAUCACCUCGCCCACAUAAACCGUUCCGAUAACAACAGCACCGGCCGCCUUCUCGCUUUAAAGGUUUCCGACGAGACUUAUUGCCCUUCCAAAAACACCACAGCCAUCAUCACCGCCUGCCUUGCCAAACAAGAAACAGAACAAGCAUGCCAGUAUAACGUCAAAUCAUUCGAUGAAUACACUGACUUGAUGACCCUUCCUCAACCCUGCGCCUACGAGACAGGGUACGUUCACCCGCAUUCUACUUCCUGGGGAUUUGGGUUUGAUUCACGGACAAACGACUGCAAAGUAGUAAAAAUUGAUUCUCAGGUUCAGAUUUUCUCACUCGCUACGGGCUCUUGGAAAAGCAGUAGAGUCGGCGCUCCUCCUGCGUGUAGUUCAAGUAACCGUGGUCCACAACCUUUCAUCAAUGGGGCUAUUCAUUGGCUUGCUUCAAUCAGGAUUGGCAACGAUGCUAAUCAAGUGAUCAAGUAUCAACGACAGUCGAUCUUGUCGUUUGAUAUAAGUAAUGAGAUAUUUCGUGAGAUAAUGCUACCGAAAACGCUGUCUAUUCAUAGCCCAAAAUUCUGUUCUAUCACAGAAUACGGAAAAUCACUUGCGCUGUGUGUUGGAGGAAUUUGGUUUAAUUCUUUGUGGGUGAUGAAAGAAUAUGGUGCAGCAGAGACAUGGACCCAAGUUUUAAAUCAUAACACACUAGUAGGCUUACCAAAACCAUUGGGUUUUAGUUCGAGCGGCGCGGCACUGUUGAAAACUUCUUAUGUUCCUAAGUGCACAAAAAUUAAAACAGAGAAUGCACGUAAGGGAGCCUAUUGCUUUGCUGGUUCUUAUGUGGAGAGCCUCGUUUUGCUCAACCAACCAAAGUUUUCAAGAAAACGACCAAGAAGAGGAGAAUGGAUGGGUUAA